CAAGCCUUUUCCCACGGGGAAUCGAUUCUCGAUGACGCUAAUGUCGCGAAUGACAGGUUACAUAAAAUGGUAGUAAAAGACGACACUGCCAGAUUGCAGAGUCUGCCAGCAUCUGAGUUUUCAAAGAAAUUUCUUCAUCUAAUCAGCCAGGGCACUACAUACUCUGUUGUUAUCGCCAAAGAAUACGAGAAGCUUUCCUUAGAGAUGGCUUCCCUCAAGGCUAAAUAUGAAGAUGUUACUUCUACACUUAAAAUAAAAGAAGAUGACUUGACUAAUGCAAAAUUAAACUUUCAAGAUGAGAAAGUGAAACUUACCAAAGAAUACUCUGAUAAGCUAGAAUUCGAGAAGCUAGCUGCCGUGGAGAGUUUUAAAAAUUCUGAUGAAUUCAAGGUGCUCAUAGGCAAGGCUUGCUGUGAUGGUUUUGACCGGUUCAAAGCUCUUGUCGGCAAAGAUCGUCCAGACAUAGACUUUUCUAGGUAUGACGUUCUAAGUGAGAGCGAAGAAGAAGAUUGAAUUCCAUAGUAUUAGUCAUAUAUAUA